AUGAGAAGGCCACGUCGAGAGGUGAAAGUCGAAAUUGAGGAGGCGAAUGAAGCCGAAAAUGCCAUUAAAUCCGAACAAUUCAAAUGUGAGCUUUGCGAUGCGAGCUGCUCGUCAAUCUCCGAUCUUCAGACGCACACAUUGAGCGAGCAUGUCCCAAAAAUGGAGCCGCCAACGUCGCCAAAAGUUUGCUGCCAACAAUGCGACGCCACUUUCGACUCGUUCGCCCAAUUCGCUGUUCACAUGCGCGCCCAUUUGGUGCCACAGCCUCCUCGCAAUUAUUAUUGUCCAAUGUGUCCGCUGCUCGCCUUCCCCGAUUCGAUGGCACGCGUCGAGCACAUCGCGCUCGUCCACGUCCAAGUCAAACUCAUCCAGCACAUUUGCAAUGAGUGCGACUCGUCAUUUGUGUCGGCUUCAGCGCUCGCUAAUCAUUUCUCGCAGUCGCAUCUCAAAGUCCAAUUCGAGUGCACAGCGUGCAAAUAUAUUACCGAUGAUGAGGCUAAAUUCAAGGAUCAUUCGAAGAGCCAUUAUCGAACCGAAUCAAUUUGUGGGUGCGGCGCGUGCGGUUGCACAUUCGCCAGCACCAAAUUGCUCAUUGCACACGUUCAAAUGUGCCAUGACAAUGACACCUCAUUCAGCAUUCUUCCAAUUUUGGGAAAAGUGAAACGAGCCGCUCAGGCUUCACCGAGCACCAAGUCGUCAAAGACGCGCGUUCUCCAAUGCUCUGUAUGUGACGAGACAGUAGCCGGCGAAGACGGGCUCGACGAGCAUCGCCUUCUAAGGCAUUGCAAAGUUCGAUACGCCGAUAAGUGCGCAGAAUGUCACGCGAAAAUGAGCACCGAAGAAGAAUUCGUGGAGCAUUGCGCGCUUCAUUCAAAGGACAUGACCAUCCAUUGUCCGGUAUGCCGGCAAUCAUUAAGGUCCGACAGCCAAGUUCACGCGCACAAAAUAUACCAUAUGAGGAGAGAUGAAGCCGAGGAGCCCGAGGAAUCAAGCCCAAAUGCUUACACGUUCGUGUGUCCAAUUUGCGGCGAGAAAUUUGAUGAGGCUCUCAAACUAAUUACCCACGGGAAACAGCACGAUGUCGAUGAUAAUUAA